UAUUAUUGCUGUCCUGCGAGUAUAUAUACUAUAUAGUAGGAUGGUUUAAACUGUAAAGUGUAAUCUUCAAAUAAAAGCCAGAAAUGGAAGCAUCUGAAGGGAAGGGAAGUAUGAGUAGGAGGAGGAUAUUCCUUUUCCUCAACUGCAUUAUGAUGUGCAUCGGCAAUGGUGGCGGCCCUCUCCUCAUUCGCCUCUACUUCAUCCGCGGCGGCGACAGAAUAUGGUUCACCACGUGGCUUAACACCGCGGGAUGGCCCGUGGCAUUAAUCCCACUCGCGGCGGCCUACUAUGGGCGUCGCCGCCGCGGCACAACAGCAACAGCAAAAGCAGGUUUUUUCACGAUUACUCGAAAUAUAACCUUGGCCGCAGCGGCCCUGGGCGUCCUACUCGGCAUGAUCAACUACCUCUACACCUAUGGGGUAUCCAAGCUCCCCGUGUCCACGUCAUCUCUCGUCGUGGCCUCCCAACUGGCGUUCACGGCCGGGGCCGCGUUUGUCCUGGUGAAGCAGCGGUUCACGGUGUUCACGGUGAACGCGGUGGUGCUGUUGACCAUUGGAGCCGGGGAGCUGGCUGUGGGGUCCAGCGGAGACCGCCCUGCCGGGGAGUCUAAAAAGGAGUACGUGGCAGCGUUUCUGAUGACGCUUGGGGCGGCGGCUUUGUACGGGGCUCUUCUGCCGAGUAUAGAGUUGACUUACACCAAGGCAACCCAGUCUUUAACCUAUACUUUGGUUUUGGAGUUUCAGAUGGUUAUGUCCCUCUUUGCCACUGCUGUUUGUACCCUCGGAAUGUUGGUAAACAAAGAUUUCCAGGCAAUUUGUAGGGAGGCAAGAGGAUUUGAGCUAGGAGAAGCAAAAUACUAUGUGGUUAUAGUGUUCACCGCCCUUCUUUGGCAGUUAUACUUCAUCGGAGCCGCCGGAACCAUCGGAUACGGAUCGUCUUUGCUCUCCGGCAUUAUCCUCGCGGCAUCACUGUCUCUGACGGAGGUGUUGGCGGUGGUAUUUUACGGCGAAAAAUUUGGGCCGGAAAAGGGAAUUUCACUGGCGCUUUCGCUGUGGGGAUUUGUAUCUUACUUCUAUGGAGAAGUGAAGAAUGGUGAUAAUAACAAGAAAGAGGAAGUGCAAGUUCAAGUAAAUAUUAUGGAAGCAAAUGAAACUCUUCCUAUGUAACAUUCUAUUGCUCCAUCCUUGUAUGCUAUGAAAAAUCAAACGUUAUACAAGGACUAGGCUAACAUUGCACUGUGGACCUUGUUCAUGUGUUUAUAUUUUGUGUUAUGACUUUUUGUGUAUUGUAUUAUGAAAUUUUGUAGUUUAUAAGUAUGAAUUUUAUAUCUGGAAUAAAUUAGUAAUUGUGUGGUA